CCGGAUCGAGGCGCCGCCAUCUUUGCUGCCCGGACGCCGAGCGAGAGGCUGACAAGAGAGUCGGAGCCGCCAUCCGCUGCCAUCCGUCGCGCAGACCCUGCCGGAGCCGCCGCCGCUAUGGACGAUCGGGAGGAUCUGGUGUACCAGGCGAAAUUGGCCGAGCAGGCCGAGCGAUACGACGAAAUGGUGGAAUCAAUGGAGAAGGUAGCGGGAAUGGAUGUGGAGUUGACAGUUGAAGAAAGAAACCUGCUGUCAGUUGCAUAUAAAAAUGUGAUUGGAGCCAGAAGAGCAUCCUGGCGGAUAAUCAGCAGCAUUGAACAGAAAGAAGAAAACAAGGGAGGAGAAGACAAACUAAAAAUGAUUCGGGAAUAUCGGCAAAUGGUUGAGACUGAACUAAAAUUAAUCUGUUGUGACAUUCUGGACGUACUGGACAAACACCUCAUUCCAGCAGCAAACACUGGCGAGUCCAAGGUUUUCUAUUAUAAAAUGAAAGGGGACUACCACAGGUAUCUGGCUGAAUUUGCCACAGGAAAUGACAGGAAGGAGGCUGCAGAGAAUAGCCUGGUGGCUUAUAAAGCUGCUAGUGAUAUUGCAAUGACAGAACUUCCGCCAACGCACCCCAUCCGCUUAGGUCUUGCUCUCAACUUUUCCGUAUUCUACUAUGAAAUUCUUAAUUCCCCUGACCGUGCCUGCAGGUUGGCAAAAGCAGCUUUCGAUGAUGCAAUUGCAGAACUGGAUACGCUGAGUGAAGAAAGCUAUAAGGACUCGACACUUAUCAUGCAGUUGUUACGUGAUAACCUGACACUAUGGACUUCAGAUAUGCAGGGUGAUGGUGAAGAACAGAAUAAAGAAGCGCUGCAGGAUGUGGAAGAUGAAAACCAGUGAGAGAGACGUCAAAGCCAACAAGAGAAUCCAUCUCUGACCACCCCACUCCUCCCCAACCCCACCCCCCCAAAAAUUCCCCAUUGUCAGUCACUGAGAACCACCAAAUCUGACUUUUACAUUUGGUCUCAGAAUUUAGGUUCCUGCCCUGUUGGUUUUUUUUUUUUAAAAACAGUUUUCAAAGUUCUUAAAGGCAAGAGUGAAUUUCUGUGGAUUUUACUGGUCCCAGCUUUUAGGUUCUUUAAGACACUAACAGGACUGCAUAGAGGCUUUUUCAGCAUUACUGUAUUGUCUCCGUGCCAGAUGUGGCAAGAUAACCAUUAGAAAUGGAUAUUACAUUGGAAUGCCAUUAGACUUCUAGGUGAAGUGAGAAUCUAGGAGAGAGGUUUAUCGCACUGUAGGGCGCAUGUGGUGGCAUUUUUCCUUUUUAUAAUUGUUUAAACCGAAUUUUAUACCAAUGUUUAAAAUUAAUUGGGUGUUUAGCUUGAAGUUACAGGUUGCGUUGGAACGUUUAUUGUAGUGGUUUUGCUGUAAAAAGUGUUUCCAAACUGUGCUGAAAUGGUGCUGGUAACAGCCCAACAAUCCGUGGCUGCUCAUUCUUGCCGACUUUGACCUUCCCUCACCGCAGGUUAGCAUUGAAGGUGGUAUUGAAAAGCCUGCAUGCGUGUUCAAUUCUUUGGUUUUCUCCUUCCCUCUUCCCCCUCUCCCCCUUUCCUCCCUGCCCUCCUUCGCUCGCUCAACCUCUUUCGUUCAGUAUGUGUAACUUGAAGCUAAUUUGUACUACUGGAUAUCUGACUGGAGCCACAGAUACAGAAUCUGUAUUGUUCUUACUGAAACACAGCAUGGAAUUAACAUUAAACUUAAAUAAAACAAACCUAAAUUAAAAAUGCCAAAAA